AACAUAAAAUAUUUGUUUUUUUGUGAUAAAACUUUCUGCUCUUACGAUAAUGACAAGAUUUGAAUAUUAAUACAAAUAUUUUUAAGAAAUAACAUAUAACGAUGUGAUGUUCAUAUUUUGAUAUAGUAUAAAACUAUAAACAUAAUUUAUAAUAGAUUGGAUUUAAUUAAUAACUAGCAGUGUUAACUAGCGGUUUCGCCAGCUUUAGGAGAAAUAAAGUGUAUUGAAAAAUCGCAACAUACGUAAGAUUAUCAGACCAUGUGUGUUUUCAUCCGUGUUGUUCUCAUCUUGUACUAAUAUGGGAAUAAAAUAGAGUGUAAGUUACUAACUGAAAAUGCAGCUUUCCAUAGAUGAAAGAUAAAAACAAAAAAAAAAAACAAAAUUUUUAACAACAAUAACAACAAUUAAAAUAAUAACAACAAUAAAAAUAAUAACAACAAUUUUGAUAACAUUAGUGUGGACAAUGAUCUAAAGAAAAAAAAAAUGGAGGAGUUCCUACGUGUUAACGAAACGUCCUAUCAUUUUUACUCUCGCUGCACCAACCUCAGUGCGUUCGACUGCAGCGAGCAAGAGAUGCUGUGGUGCAUGAUGGGUCCGCGCCGCCUGCCGCUCGCGCGCAUCGUGCCCAUCACCGCCUGCCUGCUGCUCAUCUUCGCCACCGGGGUCGUGGGCAAUGUGGCCGUGUGCGUGGUCAUUGUGCGCCACCCCGCCAUGCGCACUGACACCAACUACUACCUGUUCAGCUUGGCGUUGAGCGACUUGUUGCUGCUGUUGUUUGGUCUGCCAAACGACCUGUCAGUGUACUGGCACCAGUACCCCUACAGCCUGGGGGUAGUGUUCUGCAAGCUGCGCGCACUCAUCUCUGAAGCGGCAUCAUACGUGUCGGUGCUGACCAUCGUGGCGUUCACUCUGGAGCGCUACCUCGCCAUCUGCCACCCGCUGCACAUCUACGCGGUGGCGGGGCUGCGGCGCGCCCUGCGCAUCGUGCUGGCGCUGUGGGCGCUGUCGCUGCUGGCCGCGUCGCCCUUUGCGCACUACACCACCGUCAACUACCACGACUACCCGCCCGCAUCCGGCAACGCGUCGCUGGAGUCAGCCUUCUGCGCCAUGCUGGAGCUGCCGUCGUGGCACAUCUGCGAGCUGAGCAGCUUCUUCUUCUUCAUCCUGCCCGGCGUGGUCAUCCUCUGCCUCUACGUGCGCAUGGGCUUGCGCAUCAGGUACGUCAUGGGGUCAACGCACACUCACACGCCGGGCAGCCCCGGGACUCUGAAUGGAGUCAACGGCAGCGUGCAUGGCGAGGCACGGCAGGCACAAUCAAGGAAGAAUAUCAUCAGGAUGUUGGCGGCAGUGGUGGUGGCUUUCUUCGUGUGCUGGGCGCCCUUCCACUUCCAGCGGCUGUUCUUCAUCUACGGCAGCGGCGUGCGGCACUACCACACCAUCAACGAGUACCUGUUCCUGGCCGCCGGCGUGCUCUACUACAUCUCCGCCACCGUCAACCCUAUCCUCUACAACAUCAUGAGCCACAGGUACAGAAUAGCCUUCAAAGAAACUUUGUGCUGCAAGAAGGUCCGCAGAAAGAAGAGCCGCUACAGGGACCAGUCCAGCAUCAGGGAGACCACGAUCAACCAUACUUCAGACGGUUCCCAUUCGGUGCGGAUCCGGUCACACAGCCACGAGCGUAGGAGCCGGACCGAGCGUGCAAGAAGAAACAGCUUCUGUGCCAGAGAAAACUGUGCCAGAAAUAGCUGUGCCAGAGAAAGCUGUGCCAGAGACAAUGCCAAUGACACACGCGUCAUUUACAGCGAAAGAUGGCGCGAAUACAACAGACGGGAGAAUGGCGUUUGGCGCCAAAAUAAUACUGAAGCCAGUCAGCUGAUGUUGAGAGGUUAUACUAGAAAAUAUGACUGUGAGUUGUAAAAAUUAGAUAAAACUUCUUGUCUACUUAAUUCUUAGUCCUUAAUAAUUGCAAUUGUUCUUUGAGACUAUGUGAUAGAUAUUUUUUUUGUUUUAUUUAGAAGAAACAAAGUUAUGUUUCUUCACUUUUUAUAUAUUCCUGAAUGAAUCGCAUAAAAAUGUGUAUCUUCGAAUGUAAUUGUAGUAACGGACAAGCAGAUAGGUACAAUUUAAAAAAUAGCUUAUAAUUAUUUUACUCUUAAAUAUUAUGUUAAAACACAAUUGUUAAAGUUAAGGUUUCGCACAAAAACAAAGUCACAAUUCAACAAGUAAUAAGCAUGAAGAUUUAAAAGGCUUUUAUCUGACUUGUAGUUCCAUUCAACUUGAUUUUGUAUCUAAAUACUGGGUUAUUGUUCAAAUGUAUCUACAAUUAAGUAAUGUUCUGUAAGUUAUUUAACUAAAAAUUAAUUAUUUACGUCUAUAUGUAUAACAUACAUUUUGUAUAUAUAACGUAUUACGUAAUGAACAUUGUACAUAGAAACUCCUAACUGU